UAGGUCACAGAUAUUUUAUUAUGUCUGGACGUGGCAAGCAGGGCGGCAAGGCUCGCGCCAAGGCCAAGACCCGCUCUUCGCGGGCCGGGCUGCAGUUCCCCGUGGGCCGAGUGCACCGCCUGCUCCGCAAGGGCAACUAUGCCGAGCGGGUGGGGGCCGGCGCGCCGGUGUACCUGGCGGCGGUGCUGGAGUACCUGACGGCCGAGAUCCUGGAGCUGGCGGGCAACGCGGCCCGCGACAACAAGAAGACGCGCAUCAUCCCGCGCCACCUGCAGCUGGCCAUCCGCAACGACGAAGAACUCAACAAGCUCCUGGGCAAAGUCACCAUCGCGCAGGGCGGCGUCCUGCCCAACAUCCAGGCCGUGCUGCUGCCCAAGAAGACCGAGAGUCAUCACAAGGCCAAGGGCAAAUAAAGUCUGAAUUCAUACUUAAGUCUGUAAGACCAAAGGCUCUUUUCAGAGCCACCCACCAUUUCU